ACUUUUGCUCAUUCAAAAACCGCUUGGUUCGUUUCUAGUUUUUAUCUGCUAAUGACGCUUCUGUUUACCAAUAAAAAAUUGUUUAUCCGGUGAAUACUCAGUUUUAGGUGCAAAACUAGUUAAAGUUUUAUUUUUCUACGUUUGAAUUCGUUGAAAUAUACGAGUCUGUUAAGAAGAGAAUUUUUCUAGUGGUAUUUUUUUAUAUUUUCGAGUACGAAUGAUCUAUGACGAUGCUGGAUAACUUUGGUGAACAGAUAGAGGAUUUUGAGGUUUACGACUUGCUAGGUAAAGGAGGGUUUGCUUGUGUUUAUCGAGCGAAAUGCCGACGCACCGGUAUUCAUGUUGCGAUCAAAAUGAUCGACAAGAAAAUGAUGCAGUCGGCAGGAAUGGCCAACCGUGUCCGGCAAGAAGUGAGCAUUCACUCACGCUUGAAACAUCCAUCAAUAUUGGAACUGUAUACAUUUUUCGAGGAUGCAAACUAUGUGUACCUAGUUCUAGAGCUUGCGGAAAACGGUGAGCUUCAGCGCUAUUUGCGAGAAACCAAAAAAACUUUUAGCGAACAUGAGGCUGCCACGGUUCUGAAACAAGUUGUAGAGGGUCUGCUCUAUUUGCAUUCUAAUCACAUUCUACACCGCGACAUGUCACUGGCUAAUCUAUUGCUAACCAAACAUAUGACACUAAAAAUUUCGGAUUUUGGAUUGGCAACACAAUUAUCGCGCCCUGAUGAAAAGCAUAUGACACUCUGUGGGACGCCGAACUAUAUCUCCCCAGAAGUAGCUUCUCGCGCUUCACACGGACUCCCGGCCGACGUUUGGGGCUUGGGGUGCAUGUUGUACACAUUUUUAGUAGGGAAACCACCGUUUGACACUGCAGGCGUCAAAUCUACAUUAACGAAGGUAGUAAUGUCCAACUACAAUGUUCCAAGUUACAUUUCUCAAGAAGCGCGUGAUUUGAUUGAUCAAUUGCUAAAAAAGAAUCCUGCCGAACGGAUGAGGUUGGAGCAAGUUUUGCAGCAUCCUUUCAUGCGCAAAGCUCUCGAUAAAGGUCAUUCUAGUGGGACAACGCUCGCGUCAACCGACAGUGGUAUCAUAACUAUGUCAAGCAGUGGAAACCGGUCAAAUAUUCCUUCAAGUCACUGCCAAGAACGAUAUCAGCCAAUGGCAAAUCACCAGAUGCCUCUACGUUAUCAACCGAUAAGUGAACAUGAACAGCACUUUCAGGAAAGCAUAUUGCCUCCUCGGUCCCGAUCGGCGUCCUGCCAGGAAACAUCUGAUUUCUAUUCUGGUUUAAAACCUAGCUCUCGUGUCAACUCUGCCGCUGGUUAUCAACAAACUAAUCAAAUAUCGUUGCUGCAGCAAUUUAAUAGUCUAGAAUUGAUGGAAAAAUAUAACAUCAACAAAGCAGAGAUUGAAAGUGUUGGUCGAUCGAACUCUGGUGGCAGUUUACAGCAACUGCAUGGGCAGCUGGACUUCCAGCCUCAAUUGGUGAUGGGUGCUCAGCAAAUCUCUUUACUAGAUGCGAAGCAAAAAUCAGCUUCUGUAUCAAAGUUGUAUCAACUUGCGAGCGAAAUUCAACCACAAUCGGCUAACUAUUUUUAUUGUGACGAAAAAGAAAACCGUCCCAACGAGCAAGUUGAAACAGCUAUGAAAGGUGAACAAGUUUUGCUGAAUCCUGGCAACUAUGACUUUCUUGAUCAUUUUCAGUCAAGGGAAAAUCAUAACGCUUAUCAAAUCGCACCGCGACAAAACAGUCCCAAGCAGCAGUCAAAAAAGAUGCUGGACGUUCCACCCUUGACUACUACUCGUCUUCUACCGAACCGUCAUAAGACCAAGAAUGCAAUUCUUAGCAUUCAAUCAAAUGGUGAGGUUGUACUGGAGUUUAUCAAGCAUAAACCACGCUACAGAGAGGAACGAGUGUUUGACGUGUGUCGAAUAUCUUCUGAUGGCCUUCGGUUCGUUCUGUACCACCCUGACGGUGGAAAAGGGGCUCCAGUUAAGGAUGAACCGCCUGAUUUGCCAGUUGGUGGAGCGGACAAUAUUUUCAGCUACGAAAAUCUGCCGGAGAAACACUGGAAAAAGUACCUGUAUGCUGCCCGCUUCGUACAGAUGGUUAAGGCAAAGACACCAAAAAUUACGUACUAUAGUGAGAAAGCCAAGUGCCAGCUGAUGGAAACGCUAGAGGACUUUGAGGCUAUGUUUUACAGCGGAACAAAAAUUGUAAAGACAUCACAGGAGGGUAUUCGAAUUGUGGAUAAUAAUGGAAAAACUGUGACAAAUAGUGCCAACUUAAACCCCGUACUGAACAUGGAAUAUCAACAUUUCCAAAAAACACUCGAACACUGUCUAAGCAUUGAUCAGACUCUAUCUGCGAUUCGAACCGGAAACACAUUUCCGCUUAUCAUCGGACGGCGGCCAGCGUCGGCGGCUUUGGUUUCCUCUAAGGAACCCCACAAUCAAUCAAAUCCCUGCACUCCACAAACACCCAUGAGUCCCCAUCAGCUGUCAUCAUUCGCAAUGUCUGUGAAUUCUCAUGAUUCAGAAGCGUUGCACAACAGACGGCCAGUAACGCGCUCAAAAACUGCGGGUAAUUUUUCCAACGUGGCCAUCAAGAAGUGCACCAUUCCGGGCAUCGGCACGGCGGUGCAACUCUCACAGGGCGUUAUUCAGGUGCAUUUUCUCGAUGGUGCAGCGCUGUCGUUGAUUCCGACCGAACAGGGCGGUGGGGUGACUUUUUCGCCCAGUUCGGGAAGUCCGCUUCAGCAUUAUGCGACCCAGGAUGACGCCUCGUUACCGCGAGCGUUGCGUGACAAGAUUGCCUCAAUGCCCCACAUUCUGCGGCAGUUGAAUGCCACGGUGGCACCAUCAAUUCCGUUCAAUUUUCUCGAGGGUACACCAAGGACGCCGUUGACGCGGUUUUUGCGAUAAACAAACUAAGGUAAGCGUAUAACACAAGGCACUUUUUGGAGUGGAAUUGGUUGGCGGAGAGAUUGCGCCGUGUACUGUUACAGGAAGUACAAACCCUAUUUUAAAUACCAGUUGAACUGUGCUGAAUUUUGUAAUUUAUUAUAUAUUUUUAUAAAUAAAAUUCAGAAGCAAAUAAUAUGUUUAAAUUUUUGAAAACAUUAUUCUCGAGAGAUGAAGAUAUUAUUUUUAAUAAAUAAGUAGUCUAUAAAAAAACA